GUUUUGGAAGUUUUCAAAUAAAUAGCGAGCGCUUGCACGUACUUGAGCACACAACAUCAUUACCUUGGCCUAAUCCCAGAAUAUUUUCCAGAUCAUGGAGUUCUUCACGAAUCAUAAUCAGCAUCAACCCAUUUCUUCGAAAAUGGAAAAUGACAUCAGCACAAUUUUGAGCUCGAAGAAGUACCAACGUCUCAACGAUCCGUAUAACUUUCAACCUAACAAGCCUAUUAAAAGUGGGCACAAGGUCUGUUCUAAAAAACUGAAAUUAUUCUGUAAUUUAUUGAAGAGUUUGGUGAAUGAUCGUCCUAUGUGGGAAAAAUACGAAAUACCCGAAUGUCCUUUAUACCCAUUACGUUUACGUUACCGGAUAGUAGGCAACGUUUUAAAAGCUAUUUUUUACAUUCACGAAAGAAACAAAAGAAUGUUUUUGACAUAUUUUCGAAAGGAAUACGUGAAAACAUUUACUUUUCCCGCAUCUGGCAAUGAAGUUAAAAUUGUAGUACUGAAACAUAUUAAAAAUAGGCAGCCCAAUAUAGAUGAUCGUAGACCACCGCUUCAAGAUUUGAGUAUAAUACCGCCAAGAUCGGAAAUUCGCGAUAAUGUUUUGCCUACCGAAAACGGCGGAAUCGCAGAAGUUCUUAGAAAUAUCCCUGAUGACGUUCCUCAACAACAAGCUGUCGCUGCAGUGCCUACUGCAGAAGUUCCUUGUAAUUUCCCGAUUCGUAACGAUGAAGAAUUAGCGAUGAUCGAGAAUUUGAUUUAUCUCGAAGAGCAAAAAAAAAGAUGGGCAGCUGCUCACAGAAUCGAAGUUGCAAAAGAUCCUGAACCUAGCGAAGCAAAUCGUACAAGACACGUCCUUGAAUCAAUUGCUACUUCGUCAGAACUGCGCUACGAGGAAUAUAACGAACAUCAAAGGAUUACGGCGUUUUUAAGGGAAAGUGGAUUGGGUAUCGAGGGCCAUGAACAUAUCACGACAAAUGCUGAAUUACAAAGAAUUUUAGAAACUGAGCUUUGUCAGCGAUUUACUCAUCCUCAAGCAGUUGCUCAACGCGCGAGACCAGCUACAGCUCUUUCUCAGGAAUCAGACGAUAUUCCUCGACAGUUUGUUGUGCAAGCUGACGUACAUGAAAUGCCUGCAGCAUUGCGUACUCCUCAACCCAUCUCACCGGCGUUUACAACUGAAAGAAUCAUAGCUCAAGAAAUUCCACCAACGAUGGAUCAAGUUCAAGUAUCUGUAUCUAAACGAACACGUACAGUUAUUCAGGUGCAGACUGACGUAGUGGUGCAUCAAACACAGGCAGGAUUACGUGUUUCUCAGCAGGUUCCUCCUAUUGUUGAGAGUGAAAGAACCGUACAAGAAACACAAUCAACUGUAGAACGACCUCAAAUAUUUACAGUGCCAGAUUUCGAAGUACAUCGUGUCGAAGAUCUUUGUACAAUACCCGAAAAAUCGAGCACACAUAUUCCUCUAGUUCAAACUGAUUCUGCGAGACCAGUGGAUGGAAUUCCUCAUGUUACUAUGCAGGAAGAUGUUCCUAUCAUACCAAUAUCUCAUCCUGGACCAGAAGAACGUGCAGUUGAAAGAGUAGUAGCGAAGCGUACUCCAACCCAAGAACGAGUCAUCGAAGUCGAAAGAAUUCCUGCUAGACCAACGAUUGCAGAUUUGUUAAUUCAAGGCCCUGCAGCUGAACCCCAGUUUCUACCUGAGAUAAUGAGAGCAAUGGAACAACCAGGUCCGAUUUUUGAAAUGCCUCUGUUAGACAUUCCUAUCGAUCAAGAACAGAAAGCAUCUGUGCCAACUUCACCACGCCGAACUAACGUUGUAUUGGAGGAUACGCCGAAGAAGAAACCCGCUGCAAAAAGGAAAAAAUACGUUUUCUACAGCAAUUUGGUUGUGACAAGGAAGCUUAACAAGAAUAUUAAACCUCAAGAGCCUGUAUCACAUCCUGAGAGAUUGCAAAAUUUCACGGAACUUAUUCGUCGUCCAUCGUAUCGCAUUGUACCAUUUGAUCGAUACGAAACAGAUGAGAGAAACUUGGAAAUUUUUCGUCAUUUUGAUGUUCCUGACAGUGAUUUGAGAGAUUGUGGAAAUCUAUUGUCUAAUCUGUUAUGUCAAUUAUUUGAAGAAGAAGACGAUAUCAUGUAUGAUGAAGAAAAUGAAUGCGAAGAUAGAAUAGCCAGAAUACGAGCAUCGAUCCGGUUGCAACCAAAAAGCCUGCAACAAUCUAGACCUUCUUUGCGAACCGAAGAACCUCCUAAAAAAAGUCUACCACCCGCUGGUCACGAUAAACAGCAAUUCCUGCAAGUUCCGGAAAUACCGGAAGUACCUCGCCUUUCAACUCAAUUUCCAACGAAUCUACCGAAUGUAGAAGAUAUCGCAAUACAAGUUCCUGCCCUGCAACAGCCAAUUGUGCUGUCUAAAUCACCGAUGCUUCAGCCAAUAAUUCAACCACUUUUGGUUGAAACUCAAGCUGUACCUACUGAACAGGAAAAAGUUAUUGAACUGGAAGAAGUUAUACCUCAAAAAAGAGCACGCAAAAUCUUAGAUCAGAAUAUCGUGGACGUUGCUAAAAUACCUACUGAAUCUACGUUGCUACAAAAAGAACAAGUUCCACUUGCGCCUCAAAUGGAUCCUAUUGCUCAAAUUCUUGCUGAAUCUGCGUUACAACAAAGUGAACAGAUUCCAUUUAUACCUCAAAUGGAAGCUACUGCUGGAAUCGCAGUGCAACAAGGUGAGCAGAUUCCAUCCAUACCUCAAAUAGAACAUACUGCGGUAAUCGUCGUACCUGCAGAAGCGGUGGAGCAGCAAGUUGAGGAAGUCGUACGUCCCAGGAGAAAACGCGUUUCCAGCGAAGAUGUACUGAACCGAUUAUGUACUUUGUGGGAAGAAAAGUCAGGAGGGCCGGUUUCAUUCAGUGAAUUAUGUGGCAUCGGAUGUACUGACAGAUUUACUCUCGCGAGUACUUUUUUAGUUCUACUGAAUUUGCAUGGUAUGAAAAUGUUGAAGCUGAAUCAAGAACCAGAAGACAGUUGGAGUAGAGAUUCGGUAUUGAUUUAUCCAAUCUAAUGUGGGUACCUACUCGUAUGAUCGAGCUCAAUGAUCUUCAGUUUUUUAAUUUAUAACUUGCGUGUGGUUUCAAGAUUGCAUUUGUGAUUUUAUUUUUAUCAAACUUCGAUGUUUCGAUGUUUUUUUUUUAAUUUUUAUUUUAUUUAUUUAUUUAUCUUUUUAGUCAGCUGUUUAUUUAAUGUGUACAAUUGUUUUUUAUUGUGAGAAUUAAGUAUUCUCAUUUUAUUUAUUUGCAAAGAGUACCUAUCUAGUUCAAAGAUUGAAAUGUUCGCAUGAACGAUAAUUUUUUAAUUUAUAUUUUGUGUACCCAGUACCUACCUAAAUGAUAUUCCAUUUUUUUUUGAAAUUAGUGAGUUUUAAAUUAUUUUAAGUUAUUUAUUUUUUUAAUGAAUGUUUUAAUUUUGUGCGGAAUAACUUUUGAAAGUACCUACCAUCAAAAUUUAUUGUAGACAGUGUAACUGAUAGUUUGAUGUUUUUGCGAAAAUUUUAUUAACUUGUAUUUUAUUUGUAAUGACUAAUGACCAACAACUAAUGAGUAAUUUAAACUGUAGGGAGUAAGUUGUUAUUUAGAAUUUUUUUUUUUAGAUUUAUUUUUACAAUAUUUAUUUAUUUUUUACCGAGUUUUUCCAACUUAAUUUUAUUUAUGACUGAUUUCUAGUUGCCAUACUUUUAUUAAAUUUUAGUAUGUCUGAGUUUGGAAUUUAUAUUUCUUUAUUUAUUGAUUUCGUGGUAUUUUCAUGAAAUCGCGAUGAUUUUCUCAAGACUGCAUAAUUUUAUUCUAUGUUUUUAAAGAGAAUAUUUGAUAGUAUUUGCAAUAUUUCAUUAAAUUCGAUACUUUUA